AUGGGCGCGAAGCAGUCGCGCGUUGUCGCGCCUGAGACCGCAGCAGAGCUGCGUCCGGAGGAAGAUUACGAGGCCGAGACGCGGACGUCUAUCCGACUUACACCGGCACUAAUCGAUCAGAUUAACGGCACACACGGGGCGUCCAACUCGGCCAAGCAGGCAGUCAGCGGCCUCACUCCGCAGCAGCAGGAAUUCGUGAAGAAGCAACUUCAGUUGGCGUUCGCCAAGGGUGCUGAUGAACAGCGCAAGAAGAUGGAGCUUACGCAGAAAGCAACAGCUAAGCCGAGUCCAGCGCAUCAGGCUCAACUCGCGAGAGAGCAGGAGGAGCGCGAGAACCAGCGCGUGGAGCAGCUCGUGGAGCAGAUCAACAAGAAAAAGUACCGCGCACCGCUGCGUGACGUGCAGUGUUCGCCUGAGCGCGAGGCGUGCUUGGAAUGCUACAGAGACGAGAAGAGCAAUGUGUUGAAGUGCAAGGAAGUGGCUGAUGCGUUUGUGCAAUGCGCUCGGCAGAACACUGAGAACUUUGUCGGCGAGAACUGA